AUGGCAGAACCAUCCCCAGAAAACCUCUCGGGGGGCAAUGCACCUGUGUUUCAGUUAUUUCCUCGCCUUCCUAUGGAGAUCAGAUUGAAGAUUUGGAGGAUUUCGUGCUUCAACACUACUCGCAAUAUUUUUCUACCAGGAUACAAAUCUUGUCGCUCAUGGAUCCGUUGCCAAAGUGCCUAUCCGACACUUCUUUCCACUUGUAAAGAGGCUCGCCACGAAGGCCUGAAGCACUAUGAGGCGUUUGACUGUCAUGGAGGUGAUGUAUUGGCCAGACACCCCGCUCAGAUUCAAGGUAAAGUCUACAUCAAUUGGGCUGUGGAUAGGCUUGUGAUAUACAGCCGUGAAGUCUAUGACUUUCCCAUCCGCGACCGCGACAAUCUAGAAGCUUCAAUGGCGCAUACACCUGAGUCUGUUGGUGGCGAUGGGUAUAUUGACAAUUCUAUGGGGAACAUGUUUCCGAAGAACAAAGUGCAGUUCCUGGCGAUGCAUCUAGCUUCUCCCGGGGAUAAAUUUAUAACGGAAUAUCCUUGGAGUGUUCAUUUACGAGGACUCAUUCUCAUCGAAGUUCACUCUAAGAGGAGACAAUCAUCCUUGCAAUGGGAUGUAAUUGAAAACAUUCCACCCCAAAGCCCGUCCAAGGAAGGCGAAAAGUUUUCGUUGGUAGGAAUGUACGACGAGUUUUACAACGAGUUCAAGCACAUAGCAGCAAAGAACAUCCCCUCCUCAAUCAAACUUCAGAUUCUUUUGCCUUCCUGA